UAGAGUUUCCCCUUUUCCUCAAAAUGUUAUCUUUCUUAUUGUCUUGAUUUUCCUAUUUCCAUUAAAGCACAAAAAAUCUAAUCAAAUAGGACUACCUUUUGAUCUCCUAGCCUCCAAUUCAUCAUCAUAUCACACACUCAUCUUCUCAAUUACAUACUCUGAUCUGAUCUGAUCUCCCAUACAUGUUAGUAGAGAUGAGAUGAUGAGAAUCUAUCUGUGAGAAGAAAUAUAAUGCAAAUUAAAGUAGCCCAAGCUGCAAUACUGGCCAUGGAGAUUCUCCUCCUCCCCACUGGACUAAUCUCCACUCUUCUCAUUCUUAAAGAUUCAACCAACAACAACCCUUUUGGCUUCCUUCACUCCCUCUUCUGCAACUUGAGGGACCUCAGGCUCUCAUUCUUGUCUUCUCCCUUUUUCAUCUGUCUCUUCAUCAACUCCAUCGUCCUCCUCAUCUUACUAUCCUCCUCCAAAUUUCAUCACCGGAAAACCCAACCCUAUCACCACUACCUUUUCUCUUACGACGCCGCCACCGAUAUUCCUGCCGUCAACGCUCCGCCGCCGCCUCUGUCUCCCGCAGGAACACUCCCAUUUGAUGAUGAAGAUACAAUGGGUGGAGGAGGGGUUGACGUAAAAGAGCAUCAAAAUCCUGAAAUCAACGAGGAGGAGGAGGACACAAUUGAGGCGACAUGGGAGGCAAUCAGCGGCGGAGGAGGAGGAGAGGAGAAACAGAGCAGCAAACUCAAGAAGUGCGAGACAUGGCCGAGGCCGCCGCCAACGACAGGGCAAGACACGACUGCCCCCGAACCUUUGCGUCCAUCAGCGGCGGCGGCGACGUCGUGGAAAGAGCUGAGAAAAUCGGUGACGUUCAAUGACGCGGUGUCGGCGUGUCGGAGAGGCGGCCUGGCCCGGGACCUACUGCGGAGCCCGGAGGAGAUGAACAAGCGGUUCGAUGAUUUCAUCCGAAAGGUGAAUCAUGAAUUGAGGUUGCAGAGACAGGAAUCGGAGCAGCGUUUCUUGGAAACUAUCAACCGUGGCCUUUAUUAGCUUAAAAUAAGCGAUGCCUGCCUGUAUCUUCUUCUUCUUUAGUCCUGCUUCAUGCAACCAUCAUAUCGUUUCGUUUAACUUAAUCGAAAUGAGUAUUUAGGGUACUUUUUGUUUAAAUAUCCUAUCCAAAAUAAUUCCAAAACUAUGUUUAAUAAAACAGGUACUCCGUAUGUGUUUAUUUAUAA